AUGGACGGUCAACUCCUCAAGGAUCAGCGUAUGCACUACCAGUCGCUCGUAUCCACAACUACCGUCCACGAACUUCUCUUCAUGGACGAUUGCUCCCUCAGGGUUGCAACAGAAGGAUACAUGCAAAGGACUACGGUCCUCUUCACCGCCGUCUGUGACAACUCGGGCCUGAUCAUCAACACAGAGAAGACGGUGUUCAUGAAUCAACAGCUACCCAACGCUGCCGACAACGCACCCCAAAUUAACUUCAAUGGAGCCCAACUGCAAGCCCGUGGAAACUUCAACUAUCUGGAUGAUACCCUCUCUCGCAGCACCAAAAUCGACGAUGAAGUGGCCCACCAGAUUUCCCAAGUCAGUCGAACCUUCGUUGACUUGCAAAACACCAUCUGGUAUCGUCAUCGUCUCCACCUCAACACCAGACUGAAGAUGUACAAAGCAGUCAUGCUGGAGACGCUGUUGUAUGGAGCGAAGACCCGGACGGUGUAA